AUGAGACUAUAUUGUUGGAAAACUCCUACUGAACCUUUCCAGAGAGUUCAUGUUGACUUCGCGGGACCCUUUCUCGACACCUACUUCUAUAUACUCGUUGACGACUACAGUAAGUGGCCGGAGAUCAAAGUCUGCAAAUCGACCACAGCCGAAAGUACAGUGAUCAUGUGCCGUGAGAUUUUCAGCACUUUUGGUAUACCUUCGGUACUUGUUAGCGAUCACGGAGUGCAGUUCACGUCGGAUCUGUUCCAACAAUUCCUCAGAAUGAACGGUGUAGUCCAUAAAAUGGGUGCUCCUUACCACCCAGCUACCAAUGGGCAAGCUGAGCGUUACGUUCAAACCUUCAAACAAAAGCUUAAAGCUCUGAAGUGCUCCAAGUCUCAACUCAACCUGGAAUUAUCCAAUAUUUUGCUUACCUAUCGCAAAAUGCUGCAUCCGACUACAGGCCAAUCGCCGUCAAUGUUGAUGUGCGGUAGGCAAAUACGUUCCAGACUAGAUCUUAUGUUACCGAAAAAUGAGAUCAUUGCGCCUACCAAUUACGCUGUACGGCAGUUUGAAGAUGGUGACCGUGUGAGAGUACGAGACUUCCUGUCCAAAGACAAAUGGAAGUUUGGACGAAUCAUAGAAAAAGUUGGAAAGCUGCGUUAUUCGUCUUUGGGAACGCCAUAUUGA